AUGUUAGCACGUACCACGCCAGCGCCCGGCGUUCCUGGUCAAGUGCUCCUGUUGCCAAUACCCGAACGGUACAAGCAGAUGGAGGAGGUCCUGCUGAAGCAAUAUCCCAAGGAAGUUACGACUCUGGAUGCAGAAAUCAGGAAGCAACGAGAUAUGAAUUCAGCACUUGUAGGAACAGAGAAAGCUGUAGCACCGAAUAAGGCUGUGGCAGGGGAGAAUCCGCUUGUUUCUCAUACUCCCGUCCGAUUAGAGCCGGAUGAACACGCCAGAGAGUUCGCGCUGCUGGUAUGCAAGGCAGCGCUGACUGACAAAGCUCUGCGGACGCUUGAGAAAGCAGAGGCUCUGGCAAACUUCUCGAAGUGGACGGCUUGGUUGCAAGACUUCGAGUUGCGAAAUGAGGAGGGUGGCGAUACAGGAGAGGUGUGGCUCAUGACGGGUCGGUUUGAGAAGAUUCACCGCGUUCGAUAG